AUGUUUAGGGCCUCAGGCGCUUGGUUAGGAUUUUCAGGAUGUAAGCGUUUGUCGAGUCGGAUGGCAACGCAUCUUGGCGAACCAAGAGUUCACUAUGAGGCGCCAAGCUCUGUGAGAUUCUUUUGUAGCAGGCUUAAUAUGGACAAGAAAAUUAAUUCAUCUAGUCUAAAUAAAGAUGAGAGUAAAAAGUCACUAGACACUUCGGAAUGUACACAGAUGGUUCGUCUGUGCUCGGAGCUGCACUUGCAAUGCAGGACAUACCUUGCAAUAAUUCGAACUAAUCAAACACCAGACAGUAAUGUCUCUGAAAGCUUAGACUCAGAAACUAAUGUCGUUAUUGCUAUGAAGAAGCUUCAUACGUUGCUGAAUUCUGGUUUCUCUGGAAGAAUAAAAUAUUUGUACUCGAUCGCAAGCAGUUAUGAUUUUGGCUCCUUGCGAGCGAAUGGAAUUCGGAGUUUCGUAAUCAUCACUAUGAGAUGUUGUGCUGUCUUAUUGACGCACCUCAGACAGAUGAGUUCAUAUUCUCUUUCCAACUGGUCUGGUGUAACCCAUCGGAGUGUAAUCUCGUAUGUUAAUUGCCUAAUGGAACUCAAUGUGUGUCUCGAACUUCUUAGUUAUAUACCACGUUUCACUGAUCCUUCUUGUCUCUUCCCUCGAUCUGAAUUCGUUGAUUUGCCAGAAAUAGGGCAUUGCGACACUCAACGUGUAACAAGGAGUCCAAGAAAUACAACUGAAAAUGCCAAUUCCACAUUUAAAUCAAAACAAUACUUUGAGGACUUAUCAGAAUUUUACCGAUUAGAAGCUGUAACAGAUAACAUAAAACAGGAGUAUUUCUAUGGUCGGUGUUUGGCUUUUUACAUGUGUCCUAGUGCUCAAAGAGUUUUGGAGUUUUUGAAUUCAUUAAUGGCUGGAUAUGGUAAUAGCUUUUUGACCAGCAAACAAGGCAUCGCCAGUUUAGUCAAUACAGUUUAUCGGUCUGUUACAUCAUACCUAUCACCUGAGGAUCGUGGUAAGGUGUUAGCAAAGCUUACACGAAAUUCCAGUGUACAGUUCUGUAAAACAUUUUGGAGUUUGGCAGAACUACGUGUCGUAUCUGAAGGUCCCAAUGUGAUUUUACCCUCGAUGGCUGUGGCUCAUUCUUUUAAAAUACAGCCAAAAUCAUUACAAAUGCCUUUACGUACUGAAGCUCAAAAAGAAGAUAAAGAAUUUAUUGAAAUAGAACCUCCUAAAUCUCAUACUGGCAUAGCUCCACUAAAAUUACGUGUACUAUGUCGUCAUCUUAGACCUGGUUUAGAAUGGACUCGAGGUUGUGAAUCUCCCAACUUUUUACAAUCACCCAACCAUAAAAAUCAAGGAAAUCAUAAUGCAAGAUCAAAUUCAGUCCCGUCACCAACUUUUGGAUUAUUUUCACCAAGGAAAUCACUAACUCCUUCUAUGAAUUCUAGCUCAGAUGGUCGGCGUUUUCAUAUACUAAUUUUGGAGUAUUGA